AUGGAGCGCAGUCGUGGUAUUCCGGAUGAGGAGAUGUUCCUCAACAAGCCUGCCCCUGAAGACUGCGACAGUCCAACCAUUGAACCUCUUCGCAUAUUCAAGCCCCAGAGCCCUCAACCCGCCAAGGACGGUAGAUCUUCUGCCUUUAGAUAUCCUGCGCCUCCGUCGUCGACCUCUCCUGCGUCCCAGCAUUCGUUUCCUCUACCUCCCGGCGCCUCCAGCUCUGCCGCUCCUCUGCCGUUCCCCGACGACGACGACGUUCGCAGACCAGCUCCUGCCAGACCGUAUGGCUCUGCCUACAAUGACACUAGUCCUCGACUAGAGAAUAGCCCUCCUGGAAAGAAGCCAGGUCUUGCUGAACGAAGAGGUGCUGCUCCAAAGCCUAUCAGCUCUCCUACCAGCCCCGACGGUGACCACGAUCUUUUUCAACGUCCUCUGGCCGAUAAUCACCGUCCGGGUUCGUCCAACGCCAACUAUCCUAGUUAUCAAAAGACAUACUACCCGCCACCUGGCGCUGCUUCCGGUUCUUCACAUAAUGUUCCUGCGCAGUCCGCUGCAGUACAGCAACUUAAGAUGAACGACCAAGGAGUAAAUCGCUUCGCAUCAACCGCCUCUACUUCUACUACUCGUGCAAGCCGUGGCUCUCCUCCCCCUCCCGAGACCCCGAUUGUGGAGCCUGGGCAGGCGCCGGCCGAUUCUCUCGAGGCCCGGUAUGCCGCCGCCGGUAUCUCCGGCACUGCUACCCUCAACAGUCUGGGUGCCCCCAGCGCUGCUGCUUCACAGAGACUUGCUCACUAUGGCAACCAACCGCCUCCUCAAAGACCAUGGACACCAACCGAGACUCCGGAUCAGGCACCCUCUGGCCCUCCCACAGUUUACCAGGGCAUGAAUGCCAUCUCGAGUCCGGCGCAGUCGCAACCAUCAUUCAGUCCUCCUCCUCAGUCCGAACACCAGCAGCAACAGAAGCCACAGCAAGCACAAGGCCAAGGUCAGGAUCAAGGCCAAGCUCAAGUCAGUGUGUUAGAGCAAGACUUCCAACGUAUCCAGACCAACUCGCCCCCUCCUGCAUACUCGAGCCUCGGCACUGGUGGAAACCCAUCAUACCCCAAUGAGAAACAACGCCCUCAACAGGCUGUUGCUUCAAGUUCCUCUUCCGCUCAACCACAGCAGCAGGCCGCUACAUCAACACCACCUACAAAGGUGGCUGCGGCUGCAGCGGUUGCAACUGCCGCUGGAGGUCUUGCUUCACCGGCUCUACAACACCCAGGCCACCCGGCAUUUGCUAACGAUCCUCACCCGGCGUUUUCCAACGAACCCUAUCCUGAACAAAAUGGGCAAACUUCUCAACAGCAAGUCAUUGCCCCUGCUCAGCCCUUUGAGUCUCAGAACCCUGCUUCCCCUCCACCUCUGCCUGAGGGAUGGAUCGCCCAUCUGGAUCAGAACUCCGGGCAAUACUACUAUAUUCACUUGGCUUCUCAAGCUACACAGUGGGAUUUCCCAAAGGGCCCAAAUCCAAUGACGCACGAACAAGCUCCCCUCUCGCCAACGGCUUCAACAUACGGAAAUCCUCUGGCGUCACCUAUGUUUGGCAAGCAAUCUUUAGCCUCCCCAAUGUUUCCUCCCCAUACACCGGGUUAUGCAGAGAGCAUCAUGAGUGUAGCAGCUUCAGCAACGCCCACAGCGGCUGGAUUUUCGGGUCCUCCACCGAGCGCUGGGGUGGAUAUGUAUAGAAUCCAACCAACAAAUGGUGUCUACUUUGGACCUUAUCUGCGAUAUGUCAACAUGGAUAUUGAGAAGGGUCUUUGGCUUGGCAGUAUCCUGAUUGUUACAGAUGCUCCUCAACCACCAACUAUCCAUAUCCAUCUAAGCCAUGAUCUAGCACCGAACCCGCGACAAGCCGAACCUCGGCCGAUCUUCACACAUCAACGAUGGAAAUUCUACAAAUAUGACCUGGAACUACCUAUGUCCGAGGCUGGUACUGAGCGUUGGACUUAUGCUGUUACAUCGCACCUUGGCUGCACACGCUACGAAUUUGUUGUAGCUGGCCGUCAAGAGACCAGCUGGCGCUUCAUUGCUCACUCUGGAAACGAUUUUGCUUCGGGUACUACUCAGAAUGAGCGGGCUAAGCUUGGUGGAGUUGGUUUCAUGUGGAAGGACGUUCUUCAAAAGAAUGUCGACUGCGGUGGCUUUCACGUCCAGCUCGGCCUGGGAGAUCAGAUUUAUGGUGAUCGAUUAUGGAAAGAAGUGCCACUGCUCAAGCAGUGGCUUGCCAUGAGUGGACGAGAAAACAAGAAGAACGUUCAAUGGACAGCACGACACGAGGAGGAUGUGGCACACGCCUACUUCCAUUACUAUACCAGUCACUUUGACCAGCCAUUCCUUCGGGAGGCCUUUGCUCAGAUCCCCCAUGUCCUGCAGAUUGACGAUCACGACAUAUUCGACGGAUAUGGUUCUUAUCCAGAUUAUAUGCAAUCAUCUCCCAUGUUCAAGAACAUUGGCCGCAUUGCGACAGACAUGUACCUAUUGUUCCAGCAUCAUACCACUGUCGAGAUGCUGCGAAACGUCAGUACCGACCACGAUAUCUUCACCAUCACAGGAACUGGCUGGCAUUUCGUCAAGUUCCUGGGACCGGCUGUUGUGGCCGUUGGCCCCGAUUGUCGAUCGGAGCGCACCCAAGCCCAGGUUAUGGCAGGCCCAACAUAUCAGGGUAUCUUCCCCAAGGUUGCCACUCUACCUCCGAGUGUGCAGCACUGUAUCUGGAUGGUUUCAGUGCCGCUUGUAUACCCGCGUUUGGACACCGUAGAGAGUCUUGCAAAUACGAUGGCAGCAGGAAAGAAGGCGGUCAACACAACCUACAACAUUCUGGGCAAGGUCACAAGUUCAGUCGCCGGUGUGGUUGGUGGUAAAGAUGUUGUUGCACAGGGCUUCUCGCAGGUCAAGAAGGCUGUUGGAAAGACCGGUCUUAUGGGCAACGUUCUGAACCAGUUUGGCGAGCUUGACAUUCAGGAGGUGCUGAAGGAUAUGUGGACUCAUGACACCAAGGACCUCGAGAGAACCUACCUGAUCCGAACCCUGCAGGGCAUCUCGCAACAGAAGGGAAUUCGAAUGACAUUCCUUUCUGGAGACGUCAAUGCCUCGGGGGCUGGUUUAGUUCACGACCCAACACAUCCUGGAGACCACAAGACCAUGUACCAGAUCAUCUCAUCCCCUAUCGUGGCGGCGCCUCAGAGCAACUAUGUGCUCAAGAUGCUUCACAAUCAAAAGACGCUCUACGUGCCACAGAACGGCAAGAAGUCAUCGCAUGAGGUGUCAGACACAAAGGAAGACAUGAUGGAGAUUUUCCACUCAGAUGCCAGUGGUGCUGCGCGAGAGCUCAAGAAGCUCAUGGGUCGCCGCAACUACGUCGCCUUCGUAUCGUACGAUCAAGAUGCCGCAGCAGCAGUACCUCAAACACCCUUCAGUCCCAACCCCAGUCUCAACGGUUCACAGCAAGGAUUGUCCAAGGUCAGCCUAGCUGUCGAUUUUGUGGUUCAGGGCGACGGCGCAUUCACCGCGCCAACUAAAUACGGUCCUGUCAUUAUCCCUCACCUGGAAUAUGGACGUUAA